UUACUAGCUUCUCUCUCACAUGGCCCCAUAACACUAUAGUGUAGAAGGAGAAGAAGAAGAAGAAGAAGGAGGAGUGUAAUUGUUUUGGUACAAACUAUAAAACCAUUUCACUCCCUCUAUUUCCCAGAUUGAUUCAUAACUUUGUGGGUUAGGUCUAGACCCAGUCACCGUUAUAUCUAUUUAUUGCUUUAUUAUAUACCUUCUUCUUCGUUUUCUUCACAACCCUUUAGAUCCCAAUGGCUCCACUCUUGUACCUUCGUUGCAGAAACCUGUUCCUCCUCUCUCUUCUUUUCUUCCUUUUUGUUUCUCUUUGCUUUUUCACUGUUUCCUCAGAAUCUCAUCCUCAAAGCAGAGCCUUGUCCAGUGGCACCGCCAGGAGAAUGUUUGAGUUGGAGGAAGAAAACGAAGAGUUCGAACAACCCCUCAAAAAGAAAUCCACCAAAAACAAAACAACCUCCUUGAUCAAGCCCUCUAAUUCCUCCAAAAACCAAACCAAAGCCGUCAAAUUCAGCAACCUUAACUCCUCCAAAAACCAGACCAAAACCGUCAAAUCCAGUUACCCCAAUUCCUUCAAAAACCAAACCAAGUUAGCCAAACCAAAACCCAAAACCAAAACCGAACUCAUCACCGACACAGAGGUUGUCGUGAAGAAACUCAAUUCCACCGCAUUAAAGUCCAAGAAGCUGAAUUCGACUUCCACCAAGAAACCGUCCUCAUUGGAUCUCGCGAAAACGAGUGGGGGUGGCGGCAAGAACAAAACCACAAAAGCCACCGCCACAAAGGACAAGGAAGCGAGUAAAAAGACGAAGCUGGAUGAGGCGGAAUCCGACAAGAAGAGCGGUGGCGGUAAGAAGAAACAAUCGCAACCGAGUUGGGUGCUGGAAGACGAGUUCGACGAUGAUUUGGUUUCGGAGUUCAGAGAUCUACCCAAGAAAUUCCAACAAACACUGAUCCCUGACCUGGAACGAAUCUCCACAACCUCCAAAGCUUACAUCACGAAAGCCAACAAAGAGAUGACGAAAGGAUUCAAACCCUACGUCGGAAACAAGUACGCACCCACCAUUGCCACUUUACUCUCUUGCGCGUUCGCUUUGAUACCUUUGCUAUUGGCCUCGCUCCUCUUCAACAAAAUCAAAGCCUAUUUCUCACUGCAAAAACUCUUGAUCUUCAUCCAAGCCUAUCUCGCUAUCUACUUCUCCAUUCUCUGUCUCUCUUCAUUCAUCACCGGCGUUGAACCUCUCAGGUUUUUCUUCUCUACUUCGCGCUCCACGUAUCUCUGCCUGCAGGUUCUCCAAACUCUCGCUUACGUCCUCUACCUUUUGCUCCUCGUAAUGUAUCUUGUUUUGGUCUUCUCCACUGAGUCUGGGCUGGGCUCCAAGUUUCUGGGCCUGGCCCAAACCUUCGUGGGCUUCUCCGUCGGGUUGCACUACUACAUGACGGUGUUUCACAGGGUGGUGCUGAAGCAACCGCCCAAGACCAAUUGGAAGAUUCACGCCAUUUACGCCACGUGUUUUUGCCUCAUUUGUGUCAUUGCUGGAGCUGACAGAAGAAAGAAGACCUACUUGGAAGAGGGUGGAGAAGAGGGCAAGAAAAAUUGAAUUAGUCAAUAAUUACCUAUUAUUAUUAUUAUUAUUAUUAGCUACAUUAUACUUACAAUUUUUCGCAUUUUCUUUUAUAAAUUAAAAUCUUAAAUUAUCAAAGCAACAUACCAAACUUCCAUUCUAGCCAAAUGCCGCAAGGCUCUGGCUUUUAAUUUGUAUCAGUCAGCAUUCAGAUUCGUUCCAUAAAUAAAUGGAGUUCCUGAUCCCUGUAUAAUUGUAUUAUUGUACGAUGCAUCAUCCUGAAUCAAAUGAUAAAAUUGUUGGAUCUGGGUUUUAAGGUUUA